AGCGCGGCGCUGCAGCGCGAGGGGCGGAGAGGCAGAGCGCCGAGAGAGGACCAGACGCCCAGGUCGCCGCAUCCCGGUGCCGCAGGAGAGAGGAAGCGCGCCUCGGCCCUGCUCCCCGGCCUUCGCCCGCCUCAGCUUGCUGAACCCCCAGAGACCGAGCACCUGCCCUCCGCCCGGGCCUCAGCUGAGCCCCUCUCCUCCCGGCGCACACGCGACCCCUGCAGCCGAGGUGCCCCAGCCCCACGCCGGCGACCACCAUGGCCGAGACCAACAACGAAUGUAGCAUCAAGGUGCUCUGCCGAUUUCGGCCCCUGAAUCAGGCCGAGAUUCUGCGGGGGGACAAGUUCAUUCCCAUUUUCCAAGGGGACGACAGCGUCGUUAUUGGGGGGAAGCCAUAUGUCUUUGACCGUGUAUUUCCCCCAAACACGACUCAGGAGCAAGUUUAUCAUGCCUGUGCCAUGCAGAUUGUCAAAGAUGUCCUAGCUGGCUACAACGGCACCAUUUUUGCUUAUGGACAGACAUCCUCAGGGAAGACACAUACCAUGGAGGGAAAGCUGCAUGACCCCCAGCUGAUGGGAAUCAUUCCCCGAAUUGCCCGAGACAUCUUCAACCACAUCUACUCCAUGGACGAGAAUCUUGAGUUCCACAUCAAGGUCUCUUACUUUGAGAUUUACCUGGACAAAAUCCGUGACCUUCUGGAUGUGAGCAAGACAAACCUGUCGGUACACGAGGAUAAGAACCGGGUGCCGUUUGUCAAGGGUUGUACUGAGCGCUUUGUGUCCAGCCCGGAGGAGAUUUUAGAUGUGAUCGAUGAAGGGAAGUCAAAUCGUCACGUGGCCGUCACCAACAUGAAUGAACACAGCUCUCGAAGCCAUAGCAUCUUCCUCAUCAACAUCAAGCAGGAGAACAUGGAGACUGAGCAGAAGCUGAGUGGGAAGCUGUAUCUAGUGGACCUGGCAGGAAGCGAGAAGGUCAGCAAGACUGGAGCUGAGGGAGCCGUGCUGGACGAGGCCAAGAAUAUCAACAAGUCCCUGUCGGCCCUGGGGAACGUGAUCUCUGCGCUGGCUGAGGGCACGGUGAGUGCUCGUUGGGGUCCUCACCCCAUCUUCUGCCUUCUCCUAAUGCCCUCACCUCAUCAUGCCUGAUUCAUGAGUUGCUCCACCCCUAGUGACGCGGAGACCAAGUCGACGCUGAUGUUCGGGCAGCGGGCAAAGACCAUUAAGAACACUGCCUCCGUGAAUCUGGAGUUGACUGCUGAGCAGUGGAAAAAGAAAUAUGAGAAGGAGAAGGAGAAGACAAAGGCUCAGAAGGAGACGAUUGCGAAGCUGGAGGCAGAGCUGAGCCGCUGGCGCAGCGGAGAGAACGUGCCUGAGACCGAGCGCCUGGCCGGGGAGGAUGCUGCCCUGGGCACCGAGCUCUGCGAGGAGACACCUGUGAACGACAACUCCUCCAUCGUGGUGCGCAUCGCGCCCGAGGAGCGGCAGAAGUAUGAAGAGGAGAUCCGCCGCCUGUACAAGCAGCUUGAUGACAAGGAUGAUGAGAUCAACCAGCAGAGCCAACUCAUAGAGAAGCUCAAGCAGCAGAUGCUGGACCAGGAAGAGCUGCUGGUGUCCACUCGAGGAGACAAUGAGAAGGUCCAGCGGGAGCUGAGCCACCUGCAGUCAGAGAAUGACGCCGCGAAGGAUGAGGUGAAGGAAGUGCUGCAGGCUCUGGAGGAGCUGGCCAUGAACUACGACCAGAAGUCCCAGGAGGUGGAGGAGAAGAGCCAGCAGAACCAGCUUCUGGUGGAUGAGCUGUCUCAGAAGGUGGCCACCAUGCUGUCCCUGGAGUCCGAGUUGCAGCGGCUGCAGGAGGUCAGUGGACACCAGCGAAAACGGAUUGCUGAGGUGCUGAACGGGCUGAUGAAGGACCUGAGUGAGUUCAGUGUCAUCGUGGGCAACGGGGAGAUUAAGCUGCCAGUGGAGAUCAGCGGGGCCAUUGAGGAGGAGUUCACGGUGGCCCGACUCUACAUCAGCAAAAUCAAAUCUGAAGUCAAGUCUGUGGUCAAGCGGUGCCGGCAGCUGGAGAACCUUCAGGUCGAGUGUCACCGCAAGAUGGAAGUGACUGGGCGGGAGCUCUCAUCCUGCCAGCUCCUCAUCUCCCAGCAUGAGGCCAAGAUCCGCUCCCUGACAGAAUACAUGCAGAGCGUGGAACUCAAGAAACGGCACCUGGAAGAGUCCUAUGACUCCCUGAGUGAUGAGCUGGCCAAGCUCCAGGCCCAAGAAACUGUGCACGAGGUGGCCCUGAAGGACAAGGAGCCAGACACGCAGGACACAGAAGACGUGAAGAAGGCCCUGGAGCUGCAGAUGGAGAGCCACCGGGAAGCCCAUCACCGGCAGCUGGCCCGGCUCCGGGACGAGAUCAAUGAGAAGCAGAAGACCAUCGAUGAGCUCAAAGACCUGAAUCAGAAACUCCAGUUAGAGCUGGAGAAGCUCCAGGCUGACUAUGAGAAGCUGAAGAAUGAAGAGCAUGAGAAAAGCACCAAGCUCCAGGAGCUGACAUUUCUCUACGAGCGACACGAGCAGUCCAAGCAGGACCUCAAGGGUCUGGAGGAGACAGUUGCCCGGGAACUCCAGACCCUCCACAACCUUCGCAAACUGUUCGUUCAAGACGUCACGACUCGAGUCAAGAAAAGUGCAGAAAUGGAGCCCGAGGACAGUGGGGGGAUUCACUCCCAAAAGCAGAAGAUUUCCUUUCUUGAGAACAACCUGGAACAGCUUACAAAGGUUCACAAACAGCUGGUACGUGACAAUGCAGAUCUGCGUUGUGAGCUUCCUAAACUGGAAAAACGACUUAGGGCUACGGCUGAGAGAGUUAAGGCCCUGGAGGGUGCAUUGAAGGAGGCCAAGGAGGGCGCCAUGAAGGACAAGCGCCGGUACCAGCAGGAGGUGGACCGCAUCAAGGAGGCCGUGCGGUACAAGAGCUCCGGCAAGCGGGGCCACUCUGCCCAGAUUGCCAAACCCGUCCGGCCUGGCCACUACCCGGCAUCUUCACCCACCAACCCCUAUGGCACCCGGAGCCCCGAGUGCAUCAGUUACACCAACAGCCUCUUCCAGAACUACCAGAACUUGUACCUGCAGGCCGCGCCUAGUUCCACCUCAGACAUGUACUUCGCAAACUCCUGUACCAGCAGUGGGGCCACAUCUUCUGGCGGCCCCUUGACUUCCUACCAGAAGGCCAACAUGGACAAUGGAAAUGCCACAGAUAUCAAUGACAAUAGGAGUGACCUGCCUUGCGGCUACGAGGCUGAGGACCAGGCCAAGCUGUUCCCUCUCCACCAAGAGACGGCGGCCAGCUAAUCUACGGGGGCUGCCGCGGACCUGCACUUUCAGUUUCUAAGAGGGACUGAGGCCUCUUCUCUCAGCAUGCUGCAAACCUGUGGUCUCUGAUACUCACUCCCUCCCCAACAACCCCUGUUGUUCGACUGUACUAUGUUUGAUGUCUUCUCUUCCUCUAUCUAUCUUUGUACUCUGUAUCUAUAUAUCAAAAGCUGCUAUGUCUCUCUCUCUCUCCUCUCUGUCUUACUCUCUAGUAUCUAAUGAUGUAUUUAGCAAUUUCUAAGCAUAGUAUACCCUCCUCAUUUGGGGCCAUAGGGAGGAGGGUCAGUGUUUCUUCUCUCUCUCAUAUAUGCGUCUCUCACACUGAGUGGUGUUAGUCAUGGAGAUGAUUAAAAAAAGGAAAAUGGGCGCUGGAGGGCUGUGAUCCUUCACAAACACACACACGCAUGCACACGAAGCCUUAAGCAGAAGAAUGUCUUAGCAUCAUAAGAUACAGAAAUAGCCUCUUCUUCCCUCCUCUUCCACGUUUAGCACAGAGGAGGAUAAAAUGGAAGGACUGCUUGAAUUAUACAGAGAAUUUUCUUCAGACACCCCUCACCUGAACCGAGGGGUCUGGGUGUGCACCUCUGCCCCUUGAAGUCUGCCUUUUGCCUCCUUCCUAUUCCUCCUAGAAAACCAAGAACAUGGACUGCUCAAGGGACCACUUCCCUUUCUCCCUGAAACUCCUAUUGACAUUCUCUAUCCCAGAGCUCCUGACUAGAAGCCAAAGCUGCUUAAAAUGAUUUUGCAAAGUUAAGGAGGCCAACCUCUUCCCAACAGUCUAUCAGAUGGUUGCUCACCUGUCCACAGGGAUAGUUCUAGCCAAGCAGAAGCAGUAGGAUUGCUUCUUUGGCUUUGGGGGUGUAGACAGGCUGGAAAAUUACUAAGUUUUUUGCCGUAGUGAUGAGCUGGAUUCCUUUCUCUGUCCCAUAUUGGGCUGCAUGUUCUUCCAUGUCUCCACCUUUGGUGUGGGGGCUUCCAGUUCACUGGCAAAAUAGCUAUCUCGAAAUGCCUUCCUUUCAGACUGCAGCCUGACUUUUCCCUGAUGAUAUACAUUAAAAAACUUUUUUUCAAAGAAUUCCUUCUAUAAUGUCCUUAUCAGGCAUUAAGUGCACUUUAAAGAAAGGGGCAGGGCAACUUUUCCAGAGGUGGAGGAGCCCAAGGGCUGGACCCGGGAUAUGGUGGGGGGGCCUCCCCUGCUCCCAUGUAAUUGACAGGACUAUGGUUUUGUUUUCAUAUCCUUUCCUACCACAUGGUGCUAAGGGGGCUUUCCAGGUAACUGCAGGGGUGCAGAGUGGAGGUCACAAGCCAGUCCAAAUCAAGAAAGAGUCCAGAUAGCCUGUCUUAUCUGGGAUGGAAGAACAGGGUAGCAGACCACCCAUCACCUAGUUUCUUAACCAGGAAAGAAAGCUCAGUGUGAGUGCCAGCUGGUAAAUACAGGCUGUCGUGGCCCAUGACUCUGUCAAGGGAAGGAGUCCCUUCUCCCUUUGCCUGUUGGGCCUUUCAGCAACUAAAGAGAAAUGCAGGGAAAAAAAAUAUACCAGAGGGGUAUGGAAUAAAUCCAAGGCGGUGAUAUUCAAAUGUUUUUCAGAACCAAUCUCAUAAUAGAACCCUGAUAUAAAGAGUAACUAGAAGUGA